AUGGAUACGUCGGAUUACAAUUUUAAAAUACAACAACUUUUAUCGGAUGAAAGUACGUAUGUAAAGGUCAAAACAGAUCCUACAACUAAUACGCUUAAAACAACUAGCGAUCUAAUAAAGAAAUACUCCGAGAAACUGAAUCUAGACGUAAAUUCGAUAAUACCUACGUGUGCCAAACCGCCGAAGUUGUAUGGGUUACCAAAAAUACACAAACCGAACGCUCCAUUACGUCCAAUAGUGAGUCAGAUCGAUUCGCCAACUUACAGAUUGGCUCAACACUUAGCAAAAGUACUAUCACCACUCAGAGGACAUACAAGAGCACACACUAAGGAUUCAUACCAUUUUGUCAGUGAGAUAAAAGACCUAUGUCUUACUGACAAUGAAACUAUGGUCAGUUUUGAUGUUCAGUCUCUAUUUACAUGCCUACCUGUUGAAGACUGCAUCUCAAUUAUAACUAGGAAACUAGAGGAAAACAACAUGCCAGCAGAAUAUGCAGUAUUACUCAGACAUUGCCUUACAUCUGGCUACCUAUUGUGGAAGGAACAGUUUUACAAGCAAGUAGAUGGUGUUGCGAUGGGCUCACCGGUAUCUCCCAUUGUCGCCGAUAUUUUCAUGGAGGACUUUGAGGAGAAAGCCCUGCUUACUGCACCAAGAGCACGAGGGAUCUGUGACAGCAAACACCUGGCCGCCGAGCUUCAGCACGUCAAGCAGGUUCUGCACGACAACAAGCUUCGGGUUCCGCGCCUACGUCACAGUGACCGAGUGAAGCCGGCCACAGUCGAGCGUGUGCCUGCUGUACUACCAUAUGUCAGAGGUGUCACAGACAAGAUUGGCUACAUCUUGAAGCGAGCUUCUAUUAGAACAUUCUUCAAGCCGCUGAAGAAGAUUAGUCAGUUCUUACCAUCCGUCAAGUGCAAUAUUCCUCUACAAGAUGCAGGAGUAUACAAGCUUGAUUGUGAGUGUGGUCUCUCAUAUAUAGGGCAAACAAAACGAUCAAUAAAAACCCGCGUAAAAGAACACAUAGCUGACGUGAAGCACCAACGUUCCGGGAAGUCUGCAGUUUGUGAUCAUAUCCUAGACGGCCCCCGUCAUUACAUUAGAUUUGAUAAACCACAAGUCCUCGCGAAAGAACAUCGAUUCCUGCCAAGGAUGAUACGUGAGGCUAUUGAAAUUAAAAAACAUCCUAAUUUCAAUAGAGAGGGAGGCUGGGUACUACCACCUGCUUGGGAUCCUGUAAUUCAUAAAAUUAAAACUAAACCCAAGCAUACCACUGUAAGACUUCAAGACACAGUUAGUUCAUUCUGCGUAGAUCGGACCAAAAUUAAUAAUUAA